UUUUUUUUUUUUUAUUUUAUAGUUUAAAAAGAAACAUAAUUCAGAUUAUAUGAGCUUUACGGAAUAUUAUAUAUUUUCCAAAUAUGAGAUAAGUUCACAUGCAACAACCUCAAUGUAAUGAUACUCUACAAACAACAGCGUCAAGGAAAAGAACAAAGAAAAGAUCAGUGAUAAUCCCCACAAUGAAUGAAUAGAAUCAAUAAGACCUUGUGUCGCCGUUAGAUAAUAUGGGGUCAAUUUAUCAAUUGUUACAAACUAUGGGGAGUAAACUGUAAUUUACAAAAGUUUAUUUCUGGACUCGCAACGAGGGGGGUCGGCUCAAGCCGAAUCACGGCGCCGGUGAAAUUCGACUCGCGAGAUUGGUGAAGAGAAAGAGUGGGUUUCGAGAAGAGGAAACCAAAACAAUGGAAUCGGGUGAUCGGAAAGACGCGGAACGAGCGAACCAGCCACCGUCUCCUUCGACGCCGAUCCCGCCGUCUCCAUCGUUCUUUGACAAUUGGAAGGAGCGCAUACUGAUCCCUACUCUUCUCGCAGGAGCUGCCGGAGGAGGAGUUGGCUUAGUGUCUAAGCAUCGGAAAGCACAUCCGAAUAUUCCCGCUACUUUCGCUACUAAUUUUGCUAUCGUUGCUGGUUGCUAUUGCGGGGCUCGUGAAUUUGUGAGAGUAACUCGAAAAUCAGAACAUGAUGAUUUAAUGAACUCAGUCAUUGGAGGAUCGUUUAGCGGGGCUUUACUAGGGCGGCUUCAAGGAGGUCCACGUGGUGCUUUCCGCUACUCGCUAAUCUUUGCAGUUGCUGGUACAGCAUUUGAUUAUGCUACAAUGAGAUCAAAACCUUUAUUACAGAGCUUAAGUAACUUUGAUUCACUCAAGUUGCCCGAGUGGUCUCCCAUACAAAUCCUUGAUGAAGAAGCCCUAGCAAAGAAGAAAGCUCGAGAACAGAAACUCUUCGGGGAAAGAACAGUCGGGAGAUUGAACAAGGAAGAAUCUUGACUUCUCGGGUUUGUUCUUUUCUCCGCACACUCGGAGGUUUGGCCUCUUCUUCAUCUAUCUUCCAAAUAAAUACCCCGGGUUUUCUUGUUCUUUUUCCCGUCCCAUGAUCUUAUAUCAUCUGAAAAGCAAUCUGUUCGGGGUUUGAUCAUUUGGUCUGAAAUUCUGUUCGGGUUUUGCCCCGUCUUGAAAGGAAUUCUGGCUUUAGGUAUGAGUUGAGAUUUGUGUUGCCCUUUUUCUUGUAAUACAAGGCAAUCUAAGGAGAAACAGAUUGGAUGGCGACCUACCAAGAGUAUUAUUCAAGUUUUCGCAACUUAUUCUUUAAAAUUUCCUAGUUCUUGUUA